UUCUAGGCAGGCAGGCAGUUUGUUAAUAACAUACGUUGUGAAAUCAAGAAAACUAAAAUAUUUAAUUCUUAAAUAUUAGCGUGUGCUUUAAUUAGAUACCAAUUAUUGUUGCUAUUGUUUUAAUAAGUGAGUGCAAUUCAAAAUGUUAGAGAACGGCAAGAAAAUAGCCGACUUGCGUGUCUGCGACUUGAAGGAUGAGCUGGAAAAGCGGAAGCUGGAGACCGUGGGUCCAAAGGCAGUGCUGAUAGAACGUCUGGAAAGGGCAUUGAAGGAGGAGGGGGUCGAUCCCAGCACACAUUUGAUUACGCCGGCAUCGAAACCAAAGAAGCCAAUGCCGUCACCGAUGAAGGAGCCUGACCUUAAGGUUAAAAUCAAAGAGGAGCCAGUUGACCUCGAAGAAGAGAACCAAGCGGCAGGCGGUGAAUAUGAUAAAAAUGGAGAUGCAGACAAUGCUCAUCGUGCCGACGAUGAUGGCCAUGAAAUUGAUCAAGUGGGUGAUGUCGACGAUGUAUGUGUUAUAUUAGAUGAUGACGAGGAUGAAGAAGGUAUGGAUGAGGAGUACGGUCAGGCACAGAAGGCAGAUGAACAAACCAACAGGGAAGACACCGCCGCCGAUGAUGGGGAUGGUGAUGGUGAUGGUAGGGAAAAGGCAGCUGCUGACAAUGAGAUGCAGGAGGAGAACACAGGUGACACUGUGAAUAUUGACAAUGACGAGUCCAUCAAUCUAACAAUUGGUGAAGACGAACAACAGCUCUUGCACGAUGAGGCCCCUGACGACAAGUCCAUUAAGUCCGUAAAACCGACAAGUAAAACUGAUAAACAAAGCGCAGCUUCAAAGGAUGCUGAUAAAAAGAAUCACAAGGAAGACGAGGGCUCCCGAUCUAAAAAGAAGGAUGACAAGUGCACUGAUAAGAAGGACACUAGUGAUCAAAAGUCGGCAUCGAAAUCGUCGAAUCAAAAAGACGAUAAAGAAAAAACAUCGACAGCAGCAGCGGCAGCAACAACAACAACAACAACAGCAGCAGCAGCAGGUGCUGCAUCGGCAUCCUCGGGUGCCGCUGCCAACAACAAGUCGACGUCGGCGUCGGGAUCGGGAUCGGGAGCGGGCGGAGGAGCAGGCGCUGGGGCGACUAGUGCUUCGUCAAGUGGAGCAUCAGGCAAGCAGGCAUUGCUUUCACGCAAUCUCUGGGUGUCCGGUUUGUCCACACUGACACGCGCCAGUGACUUGAAGGCCAUAUUCUCAAAGUUUGGCAAGGUGAUUGGCGCCAAGGUGGUCACCAAUACUCGCACUCCGGGUACUCGCUGUUAUGGUUAUGUGACCAUGUCCUCAUCGGGGGAUGCAUCGCGCUGCAUUGAGAAUUUGCAUCGUACGGAGCUGCAUGGACGCAUUAUUUCAGUGGAGCGCACCAAGAAUGAGAUCGGCAGCAGCGCCAGCUCAUCCAAGGACUCGAGCAACAACAAGGGCAACCACAAGGCGAACAGCAAGUCCAGUGACUCCAAAAAGAAGGAUGACGAUAAGAAGUCUGGCUCCAAGGGCAACUCCGGGGAUGACAAGAAGGGCGGUGACGGUAACGGGGAGGGCAAGAACUCUAUUGGUGGUGAAUCAAGCAACAAGCGCGGCGAGGGCAAGGAUAAGGAACGCAACAACAAGCCACGUGACGAUAAGGACAAGCCGUUGGGCGCUGACAAGCGCCAUGAGCGUGAUCAUCGCUCUGGCACCGGCCACAAGUCUCAAAAUCGUGACGUCUCCAACGAGCGUCGUCCGACACGCCAACCACGUGAUGUUGACCGUGAGAUUCAGCAGCGUCAGCGUGAACGAGAGCGACGUCAGCGCGAGAUGCUAUCUUAUCAGAAGAUACGGGAGGAGCGGGAGCGUCAACGUUUGCGUGAACGGGAGCGCGAGUUGCGCGAAGAGGAGAGGCGACGUCGGGAGGCACGCGAACGCCAGCGCAUUGAGGAGGAACGCCUGGCCGAGGAGAGACGCAAGCUGGCUAUCGAGCGGGAGCGUCUCGAGCGUGAGAAGGCCGAAUUGCUGCGUAUGGAGCGGGAGCGCCAAAAGCUGGAGCGUGAGAAAAUCGAGCUGGAACGCCUCGAAUUGAAGCGACAACAGAUGAAGAUUAUGGAGUCUCGUGAGGAUCCUGUCAAGCGCUCUGUAACUAAGCGCACUGAUGAUCGAUACACCGAUGGUUCAGAUCGCAAGCGUUCAGCGGUCUUUGAUGCUCCACCACCGCCGCGCUUUGAUGCAUCUUUGGUCAGCUCACGCAACACCAGCUCUUAUGACAAGAAGCAUGAUGAUUAUGGUACUUCGUCUGGGUCAAAACGGGGCAUUGAUGAUUACUCCAGCUCAAAGCGGUUGGAAUACUCAAACAAACGCGGUGAUUACGGCAGCACCACUGGCACCAAACGCACUGCCAUCGAUGACUAUCCAGCUGUGCCCAGCAAACGCUCCGGAGCCAAUGAUUAUGUCUCAUCGAGCUCGAAGCAUGAUUACACAUCGUCGACCACCAGCAAGCGAGAUGAUUACAAACGUGAGGUGGAGGUUCGUCAUUUGCCAGUAUCUUCUGGUGGUGUCGGAGCAGGCGGUUCUAGUGGAUCAUAUGUUCACAAGAGCAAUGCUGGUGGUGUCACUAGCUCCUACGUGCACAAAAACAACACCGGCAACGUAGCCAGCUCUUAUGGUCACAAGAGCAACACAGGCGGCGGUUCGGGAGGUGGCAGUGGUCGCUAUAAUGACUCCGAUCGUGGCAACAACUCGAAUUACAGACGUGGUGGUGGCGUCGACGACACACACGGCAUGUCACAUGGCAACAAACGCUAUGAUAACUCGACCAGCAGUGGAACCGCCGGCGGGUAUGGCAGCAACUCGAGCAACGUUAACAUUUGGGCUCCAUCCGGCGGCGGCAGCGGCAGCACCCAUCUGGGGGGCAGCAGCGGGCCAAUGAAGUCCUAUGCCAACAAUGGAAUGUCAUCAAACAUGCACGGCAACAAUUCGUGGCAGAAAUCAGCCCCCAUCGAGGACAACAACUGGCGCCCAAUGGCACAGACGCAGAGUCGCUUUGAUCGCAGUUACAACGAUCGCUCCGGAGGCUAUCAGGGGAAUAGUGGCGCGGGCGGCAUGUAUGGAGGCAGUCGCCCAGCUCAGGAUCGCUACGGCGGUCAGGUGGGGCGUUAUUAAAUAUCGCCAAUAGCACACCAUUUUUGAGGCAAUUGAGAAACCAAUGCUACAUUUCACCCUACAAACUUAAUGACUUUACUUUAACGCUUUCGGCGUUUAUGUUAAUUUCUUAUAGCUGUAUUAAUUUAGCAUCUAAAACUACAUUAAAUAUCAUUAAAUGUACCACUUAAAU